AUGUCUCUAGAUCGUCGUCAUCCUGCUUCUCUGCUCCCCAGAUCCAUGCACGACCCCGAACUCGUCGACCUCAUGCGCCAGCCCGUCUCGUACGACAUGAUCUGCUACAUUGCCCUCCAGGCCACGCGGGUCAUCCGCCUGGGGGAAGAGUCCGCUGCCCUCCCGACGCCUCCGCACACGCCGCAAAAGACGACGUUCAACGAGGGCGAGCGACUCCAGGCACAGCCCCCUACGCCAGCCCUGCCAUCGCUCCAGGACUUUAUUAUCAUGAUUGUGCAAUCCUCCAAUGUGCAGGUCCCCACUCUUCUGACCACGCUCAUCUACCUCGAGCGUCUCAGGACAAAAUUGCCCAAAAUGGCCAAGGGUAUGCCCUGUACGAGACACCGCGUCUUCCUAGCGACACUCAUCGUGGCAGCCAAGUAUCUGAACGAUUCAUCGCCGAAGAACAAAUGCUGGGGCGCAUAUGCUACCUUGUUCGACCUUGCGGAGAUCAACCUCAUGGAGAAGCAGCUUCUAUACCUGCUGGACUACGACCUGCGGUUCGAUGAGGCUGAGGCCAUCUUACGCUUUGCUUCAUUCAUGCCGAAGCUCUCUUCGAACAGUGUCGCUUCCGCGAAAGAGGCCCGUGCCACCGCUGUCAACCGCGCCAAGGCUCGCGUGCAAGCGCAUGUCGCGCUGCCUCCAACGCCACCACACGAUGCUGGUACUGCUCCUCUUCCGUCUCCCGUUGGAUCUAUGUCUGGUGUUCAGCGGCUAAUGAAGCGCAUCUCGGCUCAGUAUCUGAAUGUCCCUGCAGCUCCUGACGACAGCCCCCGCCCUAGACCUGUAACGCGAGAGACAUCGGGCAGCAGCAGCUCUGAUCAUUCUAGCACUAGUGGCGAUUCUGAGACUGGCUCUCUGACUUCUGACAGCGGUUCAUCUGCUCCCACAUCCCCGGCGUCGUCUGUGUGCGAUGUUGAGAUCAAGGAUGCUAACGAGCUUGUAGACAAGAAAUUUACUUUGCAGUCUGUGCCCUCGCGUGCAUUCAGGCAGGCAAGAAAAAGCUCGACGGCUUCUACUUGUACCAUCAGGUCGGAUGCGACUGUCUCUGAGUUCAAGAAGGCUUCUACCCUCGGCAACACCUCUCAUGCUCCUGAGGUUUCUCCCUCUCUUGUAGAAGAUGAUAUGCAUGCAUUCGAUGUGAAACCUAGCUUAGGUAUCUGCCCUGUACGAGCCAACACCUUACCGCUUGGGCAGCCAAUGCAAGCUUCUAUGACCCCGAGUGCAACGAUGCCUUCUAUUUCGCGCAAUGCCUCCGACAUGAGCGCACCCUCUGGCGGCUUCCUCAGCAGGAUGUUCGGUUCUACAAGCAAGGGACAGGAGAAGGACAAGGCAGAAAAGGAAGGGUCAGAGGUCAUGGAAGCUACAGUAGAGCCUCAUGGUGUCAGCAGUGCCUUUCGUCGGCUCGCACACUCUAAGUCUGCCUUGUUCCGCACCCAGGCCCAAGCUGCCCAGACGUCCUGCUCCUAG